CGUUGUUCCCGGACGCCGGCUCCAGGCGAGGCAUUGUGUGUGUGCGUGCCACGGCAGGGGAGGACAACGGGUGCCUUCCGUUUGAGCUGCAAGUCGGCGACAGCGGCAGCGCAAGCGAGAGCUGUGUGCGGGUGGCCUUGAAGGUCGCGAGUGCCGGGACAAUGGGCCCUUCAGUUCUCGAUGUGCAUGACUCCGAUCCACCUCCUCCCGCCGCGCCUCUGUUUCUCAAGCGGUAUUAUGAAAUCGACCUCGUUGUUUUAUGAAUUUCGCAGGACGAGGUCGGAGCGAUCUCGCGCGUCCAAUUUCGGCGAUUCCCCGUGCACUUCGGAUUCUCUUCUCAAUUCGGUGAUUUGAAUUGGAAUUCCGCCAGACGAGGGCGUCCGCUGAUUCUCCAUCGAGGCCGGAGAGAGUAUGAUGAGACUGGACGUUUACUUUUGAUUUUUAUGCUCGGCAAGUUUUUCAUCGGUUUUCGAUGGAACUCGCCGGGGAGGAUGGAAGCGUAUUGGAACUGAAGGAAGGAACCCCACUUGUGCUGGGCAGAGUUGCUGGACUGUCUCAUCACGAUGGAAGUGUCUCUCGUCAUCAAGUUGUGGUGGACCUGUUGAGGCCCAGCUCCAGGAAAGGAAAAGAGGUUAUCGGACAGUCUCUUGGUCUUAAGCUUCAAGUUCAAGUUGUGGGUAGGAAUCCAAUCUGCGUUGUAAAUCGAGGGACAGAAGAGAAGGGUAGGCCCAAAGUAAAGUUUUUGUGCAAUGGUCAAAAGGACUGGUUGACAUCAGGCGAUCAGAUUUCACUUUCUAUUAAACGACCAUUCUUCUACGAGCUGAGAUUUGAAGGGCGUUCGAGCGCCUCCUUGGGAAACGCAUCCCUUGAUACCAAGGUUAGUAAAACGGGUAUCGAAAGCACUCCGAACAGGAAAGGUGGAAAGGAUGCCCAAUUUACUUCCAUGGAUGAAGAAGAAGUAAUUGCUGAAGCUGUUGCUAGACGCACGAAGGUCAACACGAACGGAGCUGAAAAGUAUCCGGCCAAAAAGAUACACAUAAAUGAUGAACUUCGUCCCAUGGAUGAGGAUGAAAGAAUUGGUCAAUCUAUUGAGAGGUGUACGAAGGUAAGUACCAAUGGCGAUAAAAGGACUCCAGUCGAGACGAAUAGCAGAGGUGAGGAGGACGAAAGAAUUGCGGAAGCUGUUACCAGGCGUACGAAGGUUAACACCGGUGGGGUUGAGACUACUCAAAUCAGAAAGAAUAGCAGAGAUGAAGAGGAGGAAGGAUAUGCUCAACCUGUUGCUAGGCGUAGGAAGGUAAACACCGACGAAUUUGAAAAUUCAACAGUCAAGAGUGCGCAAGAUGCUAAGAUCCCUCCUAUGGAUGAAGAGGAAGGAAUUGCCGAAGCUGUUGCUAGACGCCAACGUAGAAGACUGGAGGGAGAAGGGACAGGAGGAAAUAGCUCUACCAAGCGGCAGCAUCAGGCAGCAAACGGUGUCUUCAAAGCUGAACAACACGGUAAUGAUGAAAUUAAAGUAGAAGGCCAUAAGGAAGAGAGUGCGCACAAAGCGGCUUCAAGGAAGGUGGAAAAUGGUGAGCAUGCCGUGGGGAAACAUGAGGAAGCUAUCAACCCACGAAACAAUGGAAGCACAUCUUCCCUGGAUCCUGUCAAAGAGUUUGGCUUCCUUGUUGAAGGUUCGGAGUUCUCUGGGUUUGAGAAACAAAUCAAAGCUAACCAGGGCCUGUGGAGAUCGGAUAUUGGUCAGGAUAAAGGAAAGGCAGAUGAUAUUUCUGAUGAUGAGCCAAUGACUUCUAAAAGAGGUGGUAAUAUAGGCAAGACCUUCGUAAGGAAACCACAAAACUCAGACGAAGAGGAAGAAUGGGAUGGAGAUACUCAAGCGGAACAAGAUCGUCUAAAAACCGUUGUGCAGAAUAAAGGAAAGAGGGUUCUGACAACCAGAGAAACCAAGCCAAGAAAUCCAGCGAGCAAGAGAGCUAAUAAUCAAAGCUUAACUUUGAAGCCAUCAAAGAAACUCCAAGAGGAUUCCGAUGAGGACAGUGAUGAGGAUAGUGAUGACGAUGAUGAUUCCAGUGGAUCUUUGCCUAAUUUCGUAGUCGAUGACGAUGAUCCUAUAGAGGAAGACAGCGAUGACGAUGAUGGCGAUGGAGGCUCCUCGAAGAAACCUAAAGGGAAAUCUGGAGGGAAGAAUAAGAAACCGCUGUGCCAAUACGGCAGCAAGUGCUACAGGAAGAAUGCCGAACAUCGAGCACAGUUUUACCAUCCUAGCCCAUGAAGGCUUUGAUGUGCUUCUUGCAGUUCUAAACGGCUGAAUAUAGUGCCGAAAUGAAGAAGGAGGAACGACAUUUGUGAUUUGAUACACUGAUGUGCCGGUUUCGAUAGGCAUCUCAAGUACUGCUCCAGUGGCUAGAUCUGUUACCUUUAAAAAAGGCAGUUUAUUCCAGUUUGUAAGAUUAAUGUAUAAUAUGCAAAUGUGAAUCUCUUUUCUGUUAUCUGUGAAGUAUCCGCAUGUAUGUGAUUCCAAUGUUGUAAAACACUUGACGCUCUAGUGUACGUCCUUUAAGUUUUCAGGGUGGGUAUGUGAAUGAAGGUUGGAAUAUUGAUAUAAGCAUUGUGAAGCUCAUUUUCCUCCAAGCUCAGUAUUCUAUGACGUGGGAAUCUUUUGGCGAAAGACUUGGUGUCACAAAUACCUCAUUCAAUCCUGC